UUUUACUUUUCUAAUUUUCAUUUCUCUUUCGUGUCCAAAUUCCCUUUAUUUUAUUUUUGUUCCUCCAGAAUCCACCGCCUUGUUACAUAAUUGACUAUCUUUUUCACCGCCUAUAAACCUUCUACAAAUUGCUAUACUUUGCCACAUUUCGGUUUUUCAUCUCAGCUACGCGAAAAAACAAGCACACAGUGUGAAUCUCUGUCUUUUUUUUUUUUUUCUUCAUGCACAGAACUUUUCUAUCAUCGCCAUGGCCGAGAGCUUGAACAAACUCGCAGACGCUGUCUUCUCGGAUAGCAAGCCCUUGUCGUCUAGCGAUCUCCUUCACAGGCUUCGUUCCUCCUCCGAUGACUCUAUCAGACCGGGCUUAGAGAAGCUUUUUCUGAUUCUUAAACACGGUGUUGAACCUGUUGAAGACGGAAAGUUAGGGCUUCAAUCAUGGAACGGCUCGCAGAUUCAAGCAGUUUGUUCGCUAUCGUCUGCGAUCGCUUCCGCUUCUCGAUCUCUAUCGGUGGAGCAAGCAGAGGCCAUACUCAUUGCCGUUGUACAACAGUCACUGGAAUUUGCUGUAUGUUAUUUGGAGAAGUCAGAGUUCAAUGCUGAUGAUUUUAGUAAUCAGAGUAAUGUGGUACACCUUUUGGAGACUGCACUGGUUGAUGGAUCGGAUAAACUAUCUGAUCCCUUGCAACCUUGUUCUGUAAAUAGUCUGGUAGACAUUUUACCAUCGGUCUCGGGUAAUUAUGGUGGUAUUGAUUUUGAUAACUGCAUUAGAUGCAGUCGUCAAGGAGCCAGUUGCUCACGGGAGGAGAAGCUGGUGGAUCGGCUUUUUAUAACAUUAGCAUCUGAGUGCAUGCAAUCUGAUAGGCAGAUCCCUGGGUUAAGUGAACCUGCUUUUCCUCAAGAUUUGAAGAAAUUGAUCUUCCUAUACCAACACUGGGCAGUUGCUCAUGUUGGUUGCAUUCGCCAUUUGAUUUUGGUCUGCAAAGAAUUGAUUGUACUCCCAGAUAUUUUUGAUGAGAAGAUGGCGGGCACAAACUUUCGCAAGAGACUAUCCUUCAGUUUGAGGAUUUUAAAGUUACUUGGAAGUUUUAUGAAGGACAUUCCAUAUAUUGAAUAUGAUACUUCAUUGGUGCAAGCAGUUGCUUAUUUUGCUGAUAUAUUACCAUGCUUAUUUAGAUCUGGAUUUGAAUUUGUGAAUAGCAAUUCUGCAAUUGACGGUAGUUUUGAGAGCCUUGUGCUGUUGCUAAUGGAAGAAUUUCUUGAACUUGUCCGAGGUAUAUUUUGCAACAGCCAUAUUUUUGUGAAUGUUCAAGCUUGCAUGGUAGCUUCUAUUCUGGACAAUUUGGACUCGUCUGUUUGGAGAUAUAAUAAAUCUGCUGCUAACCUGAAGCCUCCACUAGCUUACUUUCCCAGGAGUGUUAUUCACAUGCUAAAAAUCCUUCGUGACCUCAAAAGACAAACCAACAGGGUCCUUAAUUGGAAGGUUUUGAAUACAGAAGUUGGUGGUAUUAAUGUCGAUCAACCUUCAUGUCAUGUUCAUUUUGAGGAAGUUCCUUUGCUUAAAAGGUACACGUUCGAGCAGCUAUUGGAGAAGAUAUUCCCAUCCUCUAUCCAGUGGGUGGAUAAUUUGAUGCAUGCUAUCUUUUUCCUUCACUCUGAAGGUGUGAAAUUAAGGCCAAAAGUGGAAAGAUCAUCUUCUAGUGGUGCUAAAACUAGUUGCACCUCUGAGUUGGAAAGUGCAGUUUGCCAUGAAGAUGAAGCCCUCUUUGGAGAUCUUUUCUCUGAAGGCGGUCGCUCUGUUGGAUCUACAGAUGGGUAUGAUCAGCCACAAGUGGCUGUUAAUUCUAGCUCCAGUCAUUCUAAUAUGCCUAUUGAAGCUGCUGCGGAGUUAUUAAGCUUUCUCAAAGAGUGCAUCUUUUCCCCUGAAUGGCAUUCUUCUAUUUUCGAGGAUGGUUGCAAGAAACUUAGCAGAAACCAUGUAGAUAUUUUGUUCUCCUUACUCCUGUGCCAGGGUUGUUGUUAUGAUGAUAAGACUUCUGAUAGCUGUUACCCUUUAUAUGAAGAGAAAAAGGCUGGUCGUGUCCAUGGAAUCUGCUUUGAACUGUUGCAAGAUCUUCUUACACACCGUGCUCUGUCUGAUUCACUUGAAGAGUACUUUGUUGAGAAAAUUUUGAAAGUUGAAAAUGAAAUGUUUGUUUACAAUGAUCAGACCCUUAUAUUGUUGGCCCACACUCUUUUCUGUAGGGUGGGUAUGGCUGGCAGCCAAUUGAGAACCCAAAUUUUCAAGGGUUUUGUGGGUUACAUUCUUGAGAAGGCAAAAGUUGUUUGUUUAAAAUGUCCUAGCCUGAAGGAGCUGCUUGCCACCCUUCCUUCUUUAUUUCAUAUUGAGAUUCUUCUUAUGGCAUUUCACCUAUCGUCUGAAGGGGAAAAAGCAACAUUUGCAGACUUAAUAUUCUCUUCCCUCAAAUCAAUUGAUGCUCCAACAUUGGGUUUUAACAGCUCACAUUUGUCAUGUUGGGCUUUACUGGUUUCAAGGUUGAUUUUGGUGCUUCGUCAUAUGAUAUUUUACCAGCAUACUUGUCCUUCAUCAUUGGUUCUACAUGUGCGGUCAAAGCUGAGGGAAUUCCCACUCUCAUCUCCAAGUCUGCCUGACUAUGUGAGUGAUCAUUUGUCAUCAUGGGCUUCAAUUGCAGUGAAGAAUGUAAUGGGUUCAUGGGUUGAGGAAGAGCCUGCCGUGAAUAGCUUGAUAAAUCAACUUAUUGACAUUUCAGCUCUUCCUGCUUCACUUUCUAGGGAUGAUAUGGCUGUUGACUGCUUGCACUUGAAUUGGGAUGACAUUUGUUCAACCUUUUCAUGGAUUCUUGGGUUCUGGAAAGGUCAACGAGCUACGGUGGUUGAGGACCUUAUUAUUGAAAGAUACAUUUUCCUGCUUUCUUGGGAUUUGCCUACCAUGGCAUCUACAUUUGACCAAAUGCUUCCCUCCUGGUUGGGCUCAGAGGCUCCUGACAGUUCUAACAUGGUACAUUUCUUUUACUUCUGCCACUCAAUUCUGGGCCAUUGUGAUGCCCUUGAAAAGGGUUUUAAUUAUCCAGAAUUUGUAGUUACUUUGCUUCAGCUCUUGAAUGCUGAGCAUAUACCUGAGGACAUUGAUGAACUAGGCUGGGACUUCUUGAGAAAUGGGAUGUGGCUGUCUUUGGUAGCCUCCUUGCUUAAUGUUGGUAUAUGGAGAUAUGGCAUGAAGAAUACAGUCCCUGGAAUUGGUUCGACCUGGAUUGACAACACGUCUAAGGACAAUGAGUAUAUCACUUUUGCUGAGGGCUUAAUUUCAUCCACGUUGGAGGCUGGUCAAGUUUCGAUGUUGGUGAAGGUGUUGUCAACCAUGUUGAUUAGAUAUUUACGAGUUUUUCAAAAUUCCUUUUUAGCUGCCUUUGACAAUAGCCUGAAGAUUGCUAAUAGGUUUUCACAUUUACUGCUCCUCAAACAUUCUGGAUUUGAAAAAUGCCUUCUGGAUGAGAUUGAAAAGAUUGGGUCUGAUUCUGUUCAGCUGGAGUCUGUUUUUGACCUCUUACCUAAAUUGGAUGCUACAAUUGACAAAAGAGCUUCAGGAAUAUUAUCUAAGGCCUCUUUGGAAUGUACAUUGCAUGGUUUCCCCUUUAAUCUUCGAGUUCCCACUGGAAUCCUUCUUUCAUGUGUUAUUGGCAUAAGAGGGAUUAUUUCCAUUUUGGAUGGGCUUCUCAAAAUAAAAGAUAUAAGAGAGAAUGUCAGCUUGGAUUCUGAGGUACUUCGACAAAUUCUUGAUGUGGUAAUGGCUAUCAAGUUUGAUAGGAUCUUUCAUAGCAUUCAUGAUAAAUGUGAUGCUAUUUAUCAUAGCUUGAGUGAGGGAUUAGGAGGAUCAGACUAUGCUGGAUUAUUUCUACUGACUCACAUGGAGGGAUUUUUAAGGGACAUGAAUGCGAGAGGUGUAAGUCAUAACAGUAUCCGUGAGUGUGUAAUUACCAAGGCUGUUGAGACCAUGGAUAGCCUCAGGAAAGAGCCUUCAAAGUUUGUUAUAUUCAAAUUUUAUCUUGGGUUGGAAGAUGUUUCCCAGCAGAUGAAGGAGCUUUUUGAGUUGCAACGUGGUGAUUUAUUGGUUCUGAUUGAUUCACUAGAUGAUUGUCACUCUGAAUCAGUUAAUGUGAAGGUCCUUAAUUUCUUUGUUGAUCUUUUAGACGGAGAGUUUUGCCCUGAUUUAAAACAAAAGAUACAAAAUAAAUUCCUUGGCAUGGAUUUGGUUAGACUAUCAAAAUGGUUGGAAAAGAGGCUUCUAGGUUGCAUUACGGAAGCUUCUGAUGGGGUCAACAGUGGAAAAGGGUGUGCUUCUUCUCUCAGAGAAUCAACUAUCAAUUUUAUUAUGUGCCUUGUAUCCUCACCAUCUGAAUUGAAAGCAAAAGAACUGAAGAGUCACAUUUUUGAAGCUGUGCUGGUUUCGCUUGACCAUGCAUUUUUGCUAUUUGAUAUUCAUGUGGCAAAGUCCUUUAUCCAUUUUGUUGUUCAACUAUCCCAGGGGGAAAAUUCAAUGAAAUUGCUGUUGAAAAGGAUUGUGAUGCUGAUGGAGAAGUUGGCUGGUGAUGAACAUUUGCUACCAGGGCUGAAGUUUCUUUUUGGCUUUCUUGGAUCUAUCUUGAGUGAUUGUGGCUCUGGUAAGAAUAGACCUGAAGGGUCUAUCGGGAAGUCUUUGUCUGGCAAUAUCCUUGGUAUGGAAUCUAUCACUUCCAGGACUGCAGGGUCAACGAAAAAUUCUGAAACACUGGUUCUUUCUGCUAAUCAAGAAGGGGAAUCCACAGCUCUUGAAUGUGAUGCAACUUCUUUAGAUGAGGAUGAAGAUGAUGGAACUUCUGAUGGUGAGGUGGCUAGCCUUGAUAAGGAUGAGGAAGAGGAUAUUAACAGUGAAAGGGCUUUGGCUUCCAAAGUUUGCACAUUUACCUCUAGUGGUAGCAAUUUCAUGGAACAACACUGGUACUUCUGUUAUACAUGUGAUCUAAUUGUCUCAAAAGGCUGUUGCUCUGUGUGUGCAAAGGUUUGUCAUCGUGGUCACCGUGUUGUUUAUUCUCGUUCAAGUCGAUUUUUUUGUGACUGUGGAGCUGGGGGUGUUAGAGGCAGCAGUUGUCAAUGCCUAAAGCCACGGAAAUUCACUGGAACUAGCAGUGCACCAGUCCGUAGUUCUAGUAGUUUUCAGUCAUUUUUGCCAUUCACGGAGGAUGGGGAUCAGCUGCCAGAAAGUGAUUCAGACCUUGAUGAUGAUCCUUACGUGGACAUAGAUAACUCCCUCAGGUUAUGCAUUCCAAAAGAGCUUCAAGAUCAGAUCCCACAAUUGCUUGAAGAACUCAAUGUUGAAGGUCGGGUGCUUGAGCUUUGCUCUUCAUUAUGGCCUGCUAUAACUAGCAAAAGAGACUCUAAUCUGUCAAAAGACAAUAAAAUCAUUCUUGGUAAAGACAAGGUUCUUUCAUUUGGUGCUGAUCUCUUGCAAUUGAAGAAGGCAUAUAAAAGUGGGUCAUUAGAUUUGAAGAUAAAGGCAGAUUAUUCAAAUGUGAAGGAACUUAAAUCACAUUUAGCUAGUGGGUCUCUUGUCAAAUCACUGCUUAGUGUCAGUCCUCGAGGUCGACUGGCUGUUGGAGAAGGUGACAAAGUUGCUAUAUUUGAUGUUGGGCAAUUAAUUGGACAAGCCACCAUAGCACCUGUGACAGCAGACAAGACCAAUGUUAAACCACUGUCUAAGAAUGUUGUUCGCUUUGAAAUUGUGCAUCUUACUUUCAAUUCAGUGAUGGAGAAUUAUCUUGCUGUAGCAGGUUUCGAGGACUGUCUGGUCCUUACCUUGAAUCCUCGUGGUGAGGUGACUGACCGUCUUGCCAUUGAACUUGCACUGCAAGGUGCUUAUAUCAGGCGGAUAGACUGGGUUCCAGGUUCUCAGGUUCAGUUAAUGGUGGUUACCAACAAGUUUGUUAAAAUAUAUGAUCUAUCACAGGAUAACAUCAGUCCAGUGCACUACUUCACCUUGCCUGAUGACAUGAUUGUUGAUGCAACACUAUUUGUGGCUUCCCAGAGAAGAAUGUUUCUUAUUGUUCUUUCAGAACAUGGAAGUUUAUACAAGCUAGAGUUGUCGGUGGAAUGUAAUGUUGGGGCCACACCAUUGAAGGAAAUAAUUCAGGUACAAGGCAGAGAGAUUCAUUCGAAGGGCUCAUCUUUGCACUAUUCAUCAACUUAUAAAUUACUCUUCCUAUCCUAUCAAGAUGGGACUACUUUGGUAGGCCGACUAAGCUCAAAUGCCACAUCUCUAACUGAGAUUUCUAUCAUAAAUGAAGAAGAACAGGAUGGUAAAUUGCGGCCUGCAGGAUUGCACCGUUGGAAAGAGUUGGUGCCUGGUAGUGGUUUAUUUGUUUGUUUCUCAAGUGUAAAAUCGAAUUCUGCACUUGCAAUUUCCAUGGGAGCUGAUGAGUUAUUUGCUCAGAACAUGAGACAAGCAGUGGGUUCAACCUCUCCUAUAGUUGGGGUAACUGCUUACAAGCCUUUAUCCAAAGAUAAGAUUCACUGUCUUGUUUUACAUGAUGAUGGUAGCCUUCAGAUAUACUCGCAUGUCCCAGUGGGAGUUGAUGCUGGUGUUAAUAUCACUGCUGAGAAAGUUAAAAAAUUGAAUUCUGGUAUCCUCAGCAAUAAGGCUUAUGCUGGUCUCAACCCAGAAUUUCCACUAGACUUUUUUGAGAAGACAGUGUGCAUUACAGCAGAUGUGAAACUAGGUGGUGAUGCCAUUAGAAAUGGUGAUUCCGAAGGAGCUAAGCAGAGCUUGGCAUCUGAGGAUGGCUUUUUAGAAAGCCCCAAUCCAUCAGGAUUUAAGAUAUCGGUCUUCAACUCAAACCCUGACAUUGUCAUGGUUGGUUUUCGUGUGCAUGUGGGUAAUACAUCAGAAAAUCAUAUACCUUCUGAAAUUACUAUUUUCCAGAGGGCCAUUAAAUUAGAUGAUUGCAUGCGGUCUUGGUAUGACAUACCAUUUACAGUUGCAGAAUCACUUCUUGCUGAUGAGGAGUUUACAAUUUCUGUUGGACCCACUUUUAAUGGCUCUGCUCUGCCUAGAAUUGACUCUCUUGAAGUUUAUGGUAGGGCAAAGGAUGAGUUUGGUUGGAAAGAGAAAAUGGAUGCAGUGUUGGACAUGGAAGCUCGUGUGCUUGGUUGCAAUUCCUUGCUUGCUGGAUCUGGUAGAAAACGCAGGUCUAUGCAGUCUGCUCCUAUUCAGGAGCAGGUCAUAGCAGAUGGUCUUAGGGUCCUAUCCAGGCUUUACUCAUUAUCUAGGUCUCAAGGGAGCUCAAAAGUUGAGGAUGUGAACUUGGAGUUGAGAAAAUUAAAGUGCAAGCAAUUAUUAGAAAAAAUAUUUGAAAGUGACCGAGAACCUUUGUUGCAGACUGCUGCUUGCCAUGUGUUGCAGUCUGUGUUUCCCAAAAAGGAAAUCUAUUACCAUGUUAAGGACAGUAUGCGGCUUCUCGGAGUGGUGAAGUCUACCUCUCAACUCUAUUCAAAGGUUGGAGUUGGUGCCAACACUGGAACAUGGAUAAUUGAAGAGUUUACAGCCCAGAUGCGUGCAGUUUCUAAGAUUGCAUUACACCGUAGGUCUAACUUGGCUACCUUUCUUGAGAUAAAUGGUUCGGAAGUGGUUGAUGGGCUUAUGCGAGUUCUAUGGGGAAUCUUGGAUUUAGAGCAGCCUGACACUCAAACUAUGAACAACAUUGUUGUCUCCUCUGUAGAACUCAUUUAUUGUUAUGCUGAAUGUCUGGCUUUACAUGGAAAGGAUACAGGAGUACAUUCUGUUGGACCUGCUGUUGUAUUAUUUAAAAAACUUCUGUUUUCUCCCAAUGAAGCUGUUCAGACUUCAAGCAGCUUGGCUAUAUCCUCAAGGUUGCUUCAGGUUCCAUUUCCAAAGCAAACCAUGUUAGCUACAGAUGAUGCUGUAGAUAAUGCAGUAUCUACCGCUGUUCCUUCUGACUCAACUGGUGGAAAUGCUCAAGUUAUGAUUGAAGAAGAUUCUAUUACUUCAUCCGUACAAUACUGUUGUGAUGGUUGCUCCACUGUUCCUAUACUUAGGCGGAGAUGGCAUUGUACUGUUUGUCCUGAUUUUGAUUUAUGUGAGGCAUGCUAUGAAGUACUAGAUGCAGACAGGCUUCCUCCACCACACUCAAGAGAUCAUCCAAUGACUGCAAUUCCAAUUGAAGUGGAAUCAUUAGGAGGAGAUGGCAAUGAGUUUCACUUCACACCCGAUGAUGCAAGUGAUUCAAGCAUGUUGCCAGCCAUGGUUGAUUCUAACACCCAAAAUUCAGCCCCAUCAAUUCAUAUCCUAGAAACCGAUGAAUCUGGAGAAUUUUCUGCCACAGUGAAUGACACUGUUUCAAUAUCUGCUUCAAAACGAGCUGUGAAUUCCUUGCUUCUCUCUGAGCUUCUUGAACAUUUAAAAGGAUGGAUGCAAUCAACUUCUGGGGUGCGGGCAAUCCCUGUUAUGCAGCUUUUCUACAGAUUAUCAUCUGCUGUGGGUGGACCUUUCAUAGAUGUCCCAAAACCUGGAAGCUUAGAUUUGGAUAAGUUAAUUAAAUGGUUUUUGGAUGAGAUUAACCUUGACGAACCUUUUAAUGCCAGAGCCCGCUCCUCUUUUGGGGAAGUUGCAAUUCUUGUAUUUAUGUUCUUCACCUUGAUGCUUCGAAACUGGCACCAGCCUGGCAGCGAUGGGACCAUGCCAAAACCCAGUGGAAGUACAGACACACAUGAUAAAAGCAUUACCCAUGUCGCACCCGCUUCUACUGCUGCUUCAUGCUCCUUAGAUGAUCAAGAGAAAAAUGAUUUCGUGUCCCAACUGCUUCGAGCUUGCAAUUCUCUUAGGCAACAAUCUUUUGUUAAUUAUCUAAUGGAUAUAUUGCAGCAGCUGGUGCAUGUUUUCAAGUCCCCUGCUUCUACUUGUGAAAGUGGAGGCACUGGUACUGGUUGUGGGGCUUUACUAACUGUUCGGAGGGAUUUGCCUGCUGGUAAUUUCUCCCCUUUCUUUUCAGACUCAUAUGCCAAGGCCCAUCGGGCAGAUAUUUUUAUGGACUACCAUAGGCUAUUGUUGGAGAAUACUUUUCGGCUUGCAUACACCUUAGUACGACCAGAAAAGCAAGAUAAGACUGGGGAGAAGGAGAAGAUUUUCAAGAUUUCGCCUGGUAAGGAUUUGAAACUGGAAGGAUAUCAGGAUGUUCUCUGCAGUUACAUCAACAAUCCUCACACAACUUUUGUUAGAAGAUAUGCAAGAAGGCUCUUCCUGCAUCUCUGUGGAAGUAAAACUCAUUACUACAGUGUUCGUGACUCUUGGCAGUUCUCAAGUGAGAUGAAGAAGCUUUCCAAGCAUGUAAAAAAAUCUGGUGGUUUUCAGAAUCCAGUACCAUAUGAGAGAAGCGUUAAAAUAGUGAAGUCCCUCUCUACUAUGGCUGAAGUAGCUGCUGCACGGCCUCGGAACUGGCAGAAGUACUGUUUGAGGCAUGGAGAUGUUUUACCCUUCUUGAUGAAUGGAGUAUUUUAUCUUGGAGAAGAGUCUGUUGUUCAGACUCUGAAACUAUUAAAUCUGGCCUACUAUACAGGAAGGGAUAUAGGCAAUUCUUUACAGAAAACUGAAGCUGCAGAUACAGGUAUAAGUUCAAACAAACUGGGUACGCAAUCUCAUGACCAGAAAAAGAAGAAGAAAGGUGAAGAUGGAACCGAGGCAGGUGCGGAGAAGUCAUAUCUGGAUAUGGAGUCAGUUGUAGAUAUCUUCUCUGAGAAGGGAGGAGAUGUCUUAAAACAAUUCAUUGAUUGUUUUCUACUGGAGUGGAAUUCAAGCUCUGUCCGUUCAGAGGCCAAGUGUGUUCUUUAUGGGGUCUGGUAUCAUGCAAAGCAGUCAUUCAAGGAAACCCUGUUGGUUGCUCUCUUGAAGAAGGUAAAAUGUCUCCCAAUGUAUGGUCAAAAUAUUGUUGAGUACACUGAACUUGUCACAUGGUUGUUGGGUAAAGUACCUGAUAUCAGCUCAAAGCAACAAAGUGCUGAACUUGUGGACCGUUGCUUGACCUCUGAUGUAAUUAGGUCCAUCUUUGAGACACUUCAUUCUCAAAAUGAGCUUUUAGCUAAUCAUCCAAAUUCCCGGAUAUACAACACUUUAAGUGGACUAGUUGAAUUUGACGGAUAUUAUCUUGAGAGUGAACCUUGUGUUGCCUGCAGCUCUCCUGAGGUACCCUACAGCAGGAUGAAGCUAGAAAGUCUGAAAUCUGAAACAAAGUUUACUGACAACCGCAUUAUAGUGAAAUGCACUGGGAGUUACACAAUACAGACAGUAACCAUGAAUGUUCAUGAUGCUCGUAAGUCUAAAUCAGUGAAAGUUUUGAAUCUGUAUUACAAUAAUAGGCCUGUGGCUGAUUUGUCAGAGCUGAAAAACAAUUGGUCUCUUUGGAAGCGUGCUAAGAGUUGUCACCUUGCUUUCAAUCAAACCGAAUUGAAAGUAGACUUCCCUAUUCCAAUAACUGCUUGUAACUUCAUGAUUGAACUGGACUCCUUCUAUGAAAAUCUUCAGGCUUUGUCUCUUGAACCUUUGCAAUGCCCACGAUGCAGUCGACCAGUCACUGAUAAGCAUGGGAUAUGUAGUAAUUGCCAUGAGAAUGCAUACCAGUGUAGGCAGUGUCGCAACAUCAAUUAUGAAAAUUUGGAUUCUUUCCUAUGCAAUGAAUGUGGAUACAGCAAGUAUGGUAGGUUUGAGUUUCAUUUUAUGGCAAAGCCAAGUUUUACAUUUGAUAAUAUGGAGAAUGAUGAAGAUAUGAAAAGAGGAUUGGCUGCUAUAGAAUCUGAAUCAGAAAGUGCCCAUAGGAGAUAUCAGCAACUUCUGGGCUUCAAGAAGCCUCUCCUUAAGAUUGUAUCAAGUAUUGGUGAGAAUGAAAUUGACUCACAACACAAGGAUUCUGUGCAGCAAAUGAUGGUCUCAUUGCCUGGACCUUCAUGUAAGAUAAACCGUAAAAUAGCUCUUCUGGGUGUCCUAUAUGGUGAGAAGUGCAAAGCAGCUUUUGAUUCUGUGAGCAAAAGUGUGCAGACACUACAAGGUCUACGUCGGGUUUUGAUGAAUUAUUUGCAUCAAAAGCAUUCUGAUAAUGGAGUGGCUGCUUCCAGAUUUGUUAUUUCCAGAUCUCCAAAUAAUUGUUAUGGCUGUGCAACUACAUUUGUCACACAAUGUCUUGAGAUAUUACAGGUGUUGUCGAAGCAUCCAAAUUCGAAGAAACAACUUGUUGCAGCUGGCAUCUUAUCGGAGUUGUUUGAAAAUAACAUCCACCAAGGUCCUAAAACAGCUCGCAUCCAAGCUAGGGCAGUUAUUUGUGCAUUCUCUGAGGGUGAUAUGAAUGCAGUUACUGAGUUGAACAGUUUAAUACAGAGGAAAGUCACUUACUGCCUUGAACAUCAUCGGUCCAUGGACAUUGCUUUAACCACCCGUGAAGAGUUGUCAUUGCUUUCAGAAGUCUGUUCUCUGUCUGAUGAAUUCUGGGAAUCAAGAUUGCGCAUAGUUUUUCAGCUGUUAUUUUCUUCUAUAAAAUUGGGUGCCAAACAUCCUGCCAUAUCUGAACAUAUUAUUCUUCCUUGCCUGAGGAUUGUAUCUCAGGCAUGUACUCCUCCAAAACCUGAUGGAGCGGACAAAGAAUCUAGCAUUGGAAAAUCUACCCCUGCUUCACAGAGCAAGGAGGAAAAUAAUCCAAAUGUGCAGGGAUCUUCGGGUGGACAUGUCAGUGGGAGCAAGUCUGCUCCAGAACCACCAGAGAAAAACUGGGAUGCUUCUCAGAAAACUCAAGAUAUUCAAUUGUUGAGCUAUUCAGAGUGGGAAAAGGGAGCAUCAUAUCUUGAUUUUGUUAGGAGGCAGUACAAGGUAUCCCUGGCAGUCAAAGGUGGUAGUCAAAGAACUCGGCCUCAAAGACAAGACUUCCUGGCUCUCAAAUACACACUUAGGUGGAAGCGGCUUGCUAGCAAGACUGCUAAGAAUGACUUAUCCUCAUUUGAACUGGGUUCAUGGGUUACUGAACUAGUUCUUAGUGCUUGUUCUCAAUCUAUAAGGUCAGAAAUGUGCAUGUUGAUAAGUUUACUCUGUGCACAAAGUUCAUCAAGAAAAUUUAGGUUGUUGAAUUUACUUGUGUCAUUGUUGCCGGCAACUCUUUCUGCUGGUGAAAGCGCUGCUGAGUAUUUUGAGUUGCUUUUCAAAAUGAUAGAGCCAGAAGAUUCUCGUCUAUUCUUGACUGUGCGGGGAUGUUUGCGUACAAUUUGUAAACUCAUUACCCAAGAAGUGAGCAAUGUUGAGUCACUAGAGAGGAGCCUGCAUAUAGAUAUAUCACAGGGAUUUAUCCUUAAUAAGCUCAUAGAACUCCUUGGUAAAUUUUUGGAGGUUCCCAAUAUUAGAUCCAGAUUCAUGAAAGACAAUUUGCUCUCUGAAAUUCUUGAGGCUCUUAUUGUCAUCCGGGGCUUGAUAGUGCAGAAGACAAAGUUGAUAAGUGAUUGCAAUCGGCUCCUGAAAGAUCUUUUAGAUAGCCUUCUGCUUGAAAGCAGUGAAAAUAAAAGGCAGUUCAUCCGUGCCUGUAUCUGUGGUUUGCAAAUCCAUGGAGAGGAGAGGAAAGGACGAACUAGCCUGUUUAUCCUAGAGCAGCUCUGCAAUCUUAUCUGUCCAUCAAAACCAGAGCCUGUAUAUCAAUUAGUUUUGAACAAGGCACAUACUCAAGAAGAGUUUAUCAGGGGAUCAAUGACAAAGAAUCCUUAUUCUAGUGCUGAGAUUGGCCCAUUAAUGCGUGAUGUUAAGAAUAAAAUUUGCCAUCAGUUGGAUCUGUUAGGCCUUCUUGAAGAUGACUUUGGAAUGGAGUUGCUAGUUGCAGGGAAUAUUAUCUCUCUUGAUUUAAGCAUAGCUCAAGUUUAUGAGCAAGUUUGGAAGAAGUCAAAUCAAUCUUCAAACUCCCUGUCUAGUACUACUUUGUUAUCUUCUAAUGCCACUGCAUCAGGCAGAGAUUGUCCACCCAUGACAGUUACUUAUAGGCUUCAGGGACUAGAUGGUGAGGCAACUGAACCUAUGAUUAAAGAAUUGGAGGAAGAUAGAGAAGAAUCACAAGAUCCUGAGGUUGAGUUUGCAAUUGCAGGUGCAGUGCGUGAAUAUGGUGGGCUUGAAAUUAUAUUGGGCAUGAUCCAGCAUUUGCGGGAUGAUUUUAAGUCCAACCAAGAGCAGUUGGUGGCAGUUCUCAAUCUUCUCAUGCAUUGCUGCAAAAUAAGAGAGAACAGACGGGCAUUAUUGAAGUUGGGAGCUUUAGGUCUACUUCUUGAAACAGCAAGGCAUGCUUUUUCAGUAGAUGCUAUAGAGCCAGCUGAAGGGAUUCUUUUGAUUGUGGAGAGUUUAACAUUAGAAGCAAAUGAAAGUGACAACAUUAGUAUCACACAGAGUGCUCUUACUGUUAGCAGUGAAGAAACAGGUGAACAAGCCAAGAAAAUUGUUCUCAUGUUCCUGGAAAGGUUGUCCCAUCCGUUGGGCUCUAAGAAAUCAAACAAACAGCAGAGGAACACUGAGAUGGUUGCAAGAAUCCUACCCUACUUAACAUAUGGUGAACCUGCAGCAAUGGAAGUACUAAUCCAGCAUUUUAUUCCUUACUUGCAAGACUGGAGUGAGUUUGACAGGUUGCAGAGACGACAUGAAGAUGAUCCAAAAGAUGAAAAUAUUGCUCAACAGGCCACCAAGCAGAGGUUCACACUGGAAAAUUUCGUCAGAGUUUCAGAAUCUCUUAAAACCAGUUCAUGUGGGGAGAGAUUGAAAGACAUUAUCCUUGAAAAAGGAAUCACUGGUGGUGCAGUUAGGCAUCUGAGGGAUAGUUUUGCAGUUUCAGGGCAAGCUGGCUUUAGAUCUAGUGCAGAAUGGGCAUUGGGCCUAAAACUGCCAUCAGUUCCACUGAUAUUGUCUAUGCUGCGGGGCUUGUCUAUGGGGCAUUUGGCCACUCAAAGGAGCAUCGACGAGGGAGGAAUUUUACCAUUGCUCCAUGCUCUUGAAGGAGUUGCUGGAGAAAAUGAGAUUGGGGCGAGGGCUGAAAACUUGUUAGACACACUUUCUAAUAAGGAAGGAAAAGGAGAUGGUUUCUUGGAGGAGAAGGUGAGGAAGUUGAGACAUGCCACCAGGGAUGAAAUGAGGCGCCUAGCUUUGAGGAAGCGAGAAGAAUUGCUACAGGGCCUUGGAAUGCGACAGGAGCUAGCUUCAGAUGGUGGUGAACGUAUUGUGGUUGCUCGACCAUUUCUUGAAGGUUUGGAAGAUGUGGAAGAAGAGGAGGAUGGUUUGGCUUGCAUGGUCUGCCGUGAGGGCUAUAGUUUGAGGCCCACCGACUUGUUAGGUGUUUACUCGUAUAGCAAGCGGGUGAAUCUAGGUGCUGGGACAUAUGGAAGUGCUCGUGGAGAAUGUGUUUAUACAACAGUUAGUUAUUUCAAUAUUAUUCAUUUCCAGUGCCAUCAGGAGGCCAAAAGAGCAGAUGCUGCCUUGAGGAAUCCAAAGAAAGAAUGGGAGGGAGCCACUCUCAGAAACAAUGAAUCUCUUUGUAAUUCUCUGUUCCCUGUGAGAGGCCCGUCUGUUCCACUAGCACAGUAUAUUCGCUUUGUCGACCAGUACUGGGACAAUCUCAAUGCUCUCGGACGAGCUGAUGGAAGUCGACUUCGGCUGUUGACUUAUGACAUUGUUCUGAUGCUAGCUCGGUUUGCAACAGGAGCAUCAUUUAGCGCAGAAAGCAGAGGCGGUGGAAGGGAAAGCAACUCUAGAUUUCUGCCUUUCAUGAUCCAAAUGGCUCGUCACCUCCUUGAUCAGGGAAGUCCUUCUCAGCGUCAUACCAUGGCUAAGGCCGUAUCAACUUAUUUAACAUCUACCACUGUCGAGUCCAGACCUUCCACUCCUGGAACACAACCUUCUUUGGGGACUGAAGAAACUGUUCAAUUUAUGAUGGUAAAUUCACUUCUCUCCGAGUCCUAUGAAUCUUGGUUGCAACACCGGCGUGCCUUCUUGCAGCGUGGCAUAUACCAUGCAUACAUGCAACACACACAUGGUCGGUCAGCAGGACGUGCAUCUUCUUCAAUAGUCAGAAUAGAUUCAGGAAGUCCCAGCAGAAGCUCUGCUGCAGAAACUGGGGGUUCUGAUGAGCUUUUGGGUAUUAUUCGACCCAUGCUUGUCUACACCGGCUUGAUCGAGCAGCUGCAACAUUUCUUCAAGGUUAAAAAAUCAAUAAAUGUGGUGUCAGCUGGGACAGAAGGAACUUCGUCAGUGUCAGAAGGAGAGGAUGACAGUGGAAGAUUGGAAGCUUGGGAGGUAGUGAUGAAGGAGCGACUGCUAAAUGUGAGGGAGAUGGUGGGGUUCUCUAAGGAGUUGCACUCAUGGCUUGAUGAGAUGAAUUCUGCCAGCGAUUUACAGGAGGCUUUUGACAUCAUCGGCGUAUUGGCUGAUGUGCUAUCUGGUGGGUUGACAAAGUGUGAAGACUUUGUUCACGCUGCAAUCAGUGCAGGGAAAAGCUGAGAAGAUUAGUCUGAUAUUAGGAGCAUCAUGUGUUUUCUGCUUUUACGGAUUUUAUAGGUUAUAUAAAGGCUGGGUUUUCUGUCUAUGCAGCUAUUGAUGGACCGCAUAUGUGAAUUUUAUUAGGCAUGUGCUUGAGACCCCCUUGAACGAAUGGGGGGUUUAGAACUUCAUGUUAUAUCCAACCUGAGUCUCUGUUAAACACAAGGCUCCUAAUGAAAUUCAUUUUUUCCCAUUAA